AAAACCGGAAGUGGAUUCGGAGGACAGCGUGGUGCAUGUCAAUCCCGACUCCCGAGUCGCAGCGAACUUCGGUGGCAAUUUGUUUACAUCGGAGGCGAGGACUAGGGGGCUCCGCAUACUUUGAGUGAUGAAGACAGCGUGAAUACAAGAGCAACAGAAUGCCGUUAGUGAUCAACGGGGCCGUGGUUGACCAGCUUCCGCCCGACACAAGGACGCUGUUCGAGACAUACCCGCACUUCAAGGAGAUUGCGGCAGCGCUGAUUUCCCAGGUUCCCAAGGUCAUUGGUCCUCUUGGACUGUUGUAUGUCCACCAGCGAGAGUUUGCCGUCACUGUACCACAAGACAAAAAUGUCAGUGUUCUUGGAACUGAUGAAGCCACUACAUGCACCAUGGCUAUCAUCCGGCACACAGGUUCCGGAGCUGUGUCAUUAGCACACUUCGAUGGCUCGGGCCUCGAGCAAGGGGUGGCGUCCAUGGUGCGCAGAGUGCAAGAGCUUUCUCUUCCCAUUCCAGAAGGAAGGUUUGAGGUCUACCUUGUUGGUGGCUUUUUGGACCGUAGGGGUUACUCUGAAAGUUUGGCCAAUCAGCUUCUCUAUGCCUUGCACAAGCAGCCUGUCAACCUCCACUUGGUGACUGCCUGUGUUUGUGAGCUGAACAAUGUUCUCCGCGGGAACCUGAAUUGGCCGACUAUUUACGGCAUUGGUGUGAACAUCAAGAGUGGCGAGAUCUUCCCGGCCACAUUCCCCGACAAAGGUCCCGAGCUUCCGCUUCGUUCGGCGAGACACUUCACCGGCUGCCACGAGAUGUGCGACAUCUACGACUGCUCGUUAGGGAUGAUGCGCAUCGGGCCCUUCAACUACGAGCCGAUGCGGGGAGUGGACCUGUGGCUGUCGCAGAACGACGACUUCAUCCUGCAGCACUUGUCGACGUCCCCCGAGGUGGAAUCGCCCAUGUUCGUGAUGCAAGUGCGGGCUGCCCUGAAGUACAUUCAGCAGCACCCGUUUCCAGGCGUCACCGUGUUUCCCGACAACCGGCCGCACUACUUCCGCAAGGACGAGGGGGGCGCCUGGAUACCGUUCUGUUACUGAACGGUGCUCGUUUUGCACAGUGUCUCGUGAUGUAGCGAACGCUGACUCGCCCUUUGCGUGCACUGCUGGGUUGCACUGUUGCCGCGAAUGUUUCUUUUGGCACCUUCUCCAAUGUCGCCAAUUAGUAUUAUGGGUGCGACGGUUAGUGCUUCCUUGACGGAGUUCGGGCAGCUCGGAGAGAUCUUGUCUCCAUUGAUCCAAGUUUCAAAGAGCGGCAUUGAGACGAGGCUGCCCACAUCCAUGGACUUCAGAUCUUGAUACUCGUGUUACGCGUGGUGAAAGUUCAUUCUCUGAAUCUCUCAUUUGUUGUGCCGUAUGUAGUCACUUGUGCCGCAUGCCCAAUGGUGUGACCGUUAGCACGGCAUUUUAGAAGAAACCAGAGCUCUUGAACGUGCUCUCUGUUCCGAGAAGUUUUGCCUCUACUUGUUGAGAGCCUGAAUAGAAAAUAUUUUUAAUAGUACUUCUCGCAAAGAGAGAGUGUCGGUAAGGUGGUGUAUGCAUAGUUUUUUUAAUAGCUAAGCUCUCAAUGGCAGGUUAUGCAAAGGCCCAGUUGUAACUACGUCACUUUCGCCGCUGCUGGGUGGUGCAGGUGAUGCGUUAGUAACGACCCCUGGUGGCGAACUUUGCAGUUAUGUCAGAAGUGACUUGUGCUUUUGCAUGGUUGGUCCACAGCCAAAGUAAACUUUGCCAGUGGUUACGAUGUUGCCGGUGUACCAGCAAGUGGUGCCAUAUUUACAAGAAGAAAGAACAGCCGGCUUUUCUUCCAAACUGUCAAGCUGGGUGAGAAGGGGGAAGAGAAGCAACUGGCAAAUGUGUUUGCAGUUUGCGACGCUUAUUAAUUUUUUUUCUGAGCUUUUUUUAAUAGUGCGAAGGUUUUAACCCGUAUGGGUAUUGGUUUAUAUUGUUAUAAUAUUAACAUUGAAGCCAAUGUGGGCUGGAGGUUUGAAUUCAAGUACAAGGUUUGAUACUGCACUACUUGAAGGGUCGUAUUUUUCGAAAGGAUGUCCCACAAAUAUUUUCAGCUGUCGGACCUAAGUGUUUGUUGUCGUGAUGUGUUGAUUGUUUGGCCUUGGGCAUAAAGCAUUCGCAUGUUAAAUGUACUGCACAUUACAGUUGUAGACAACACUCUUUCAUCUUGUUUUGGGAUGGUUGCUGUUCACCAAAUAUUGCGAAUGCGAGGUCGAUUAAAAGACAUCAUUCUGUAAUGAACUGAUGUACUUGCGCUUUGAUGCUUCUCAGGCCAUGGGCAGACAGGUUGUUAAGGUAUGCACUAUGAAACUACCAUUCAGGCAGGCAUUGAAGUAGCAUUUAGCUUAAUGCAUAAAGGCAUGCCCUUUUUAGUAGUGUCCACUUUGAAGCUACAAAGUAAUCUGACAAGCCAGCACAAGUUUAAAUUGUAUUCAAGUGGUUGUACUGCUCUUGGAACUGUGUAUUUUCACUAACAAACAGUCAUGCUAGCGUGGCAGCUGUGCUGCUUGGCAGUUGGCCUGCUAAGCACAAGGACUCAGCUUGAUUUCUGGCCAAGCCACUUACGCAUUUAUCAUGGCGAUAUGCAAAGAAAUGCAUGCACUUGCCUUCUAAAGCACGUUAAAGAACCCCAUGAUGUGGUCAAAAUCGAUUUAACAGCGUGCCUCAUGAUGUGUCGAUUGUGACGCGUAAGGCCUCGGGAACAGGUUGUCUUUUUCCACCAGGUAGGUGGCCCUUUUCAGCAGUCUUGUGGGCAUGGGAAUGCUUCGCUUUUGCUUCCAUUUGCAUCUGCUUUCUGUACUAAAACAAGACAGUUAGUGAGGAGUCCUUAAACCUGUCGGCGCGCGACACCUGGCGGUGCUUCAGUGAAGAGUGACGUAGCCCGAUACUGUAACGUGUAGGAUGCGUGUGCUACUGCUGGUGGCACCACCUUGUGUAGCUGCACAAUUUAACCGUGGUGCAGGGAACUUUAACAACGGGCACCGAACUCCAACUGUGUGCCACUAUUUGCUUGUAUGAACAUGUCCGCAGGUGCAUAGCUAUUGGAGGUUGAUCCUUACAUGCGUUGUAAUUAAAGGUAGCAGCUGGGUAACUCACUCAUGAUUUUUAGCGAAGGUGGGCUUGUUGCUGCAUCGUUGCGAUAUGUCGCCACCAGCUCUUUCAUGCAGAGAUGCGUUAUCUGCUUUUACAUCUCGCCCCUGCGGUAGACCUCCUUGGCACUCUUAAAUCGUCAACCUGGUUUCAGGAGUUGCAGUAUUGUGGUGUUUCUGUGUUCACAGUUACGACACGUGGCAAAGUGUCACGUUUGUGCAGUAUGCAGGGGGUUUUGUUUUUAUGAACGUAUAUGUGCGACUCUAGAGAGUCACGAAAAGGGUCACAUCUCUACAGCUGUCGAUCUGGCUUUUUAACUUCAUUGUUGCAUCUAGUGGCUAAGAUACUCAACUGCUGACCCGCAGGUCGCAGGUUCGAAUGCCGGCUGCGGCGACGACUGCAUUUUCGAUGCAGGCGAAAUUGUUGUGGUUCCAUGUGCUCAGAUUAGGGCACAUGUUAAAGAACCCCAGGUGGACGAAAUUUCCCGAGCCCUCCACUACGGCGUCUCUCAUAAUCAUAUGUUGGUUUUGGGACGUUAAACUCCACAUAUCAAUUAACUUCAUUGUUGCACAUACUACUUGUGUGGUUUAUGACUCGGUCAUCUAUUUUUCCUUGCACUGGAAAUGACUGUUGUCUGCUUCGGGUUAUUCCCUUGAGAUUGUUUUGUUAGCUUUCGCAUAAAAUGAUGGGCCAAUUUUUUGUGAAACAGUAUUCUUGUUUUGAUAUUCUCCUCCAUCAUUCUUAAUGAAAUGAACAGUUCGUACGAUUUGUAGUGAGGAGCAGGGCUCAAACAUUUUAUGAGCAGUGUAAUAGUUUUUUUCCAGGUCGUUGACUGAGAACUGAUAAUUCUUUUUUGUUUGCAUAUCAUCAGCUUCUUUAAAGUCAAACUUUACAACCUAGGCAUUAUGGCAAUAUUUGCGCAAAAGACUGAGCAUUAGUUUGAGGUGUCAUCCUAUCUGUAUUAUAGAUCAUUGUCAUGUUUGACGGGCAUGUAAGACACCUGUGACUUUUUAUUACAUUAUAUCAAAUGUUAAAAAAAUAUCAGCAUUUCAGCAUUACUGUUCAGUUCUGAUUGUGUAGCAGGGCACUUCACUUUUUUCCGGUCCUUACGCUCAAAAUAUGUUAUUUUAAGCAUUGUAUGUGAAUUCUAAAUGUAUUACUAUGCACUGAUACCGCUAUGUUAUAUAACCAACGGCUGCUAUUGCAAAGCAUUUGCCUCCUAUAUGUGCCUUGGCUUCGAUGGAUCAUGUGAAAUGCCUGUAGUAUGGCAGCCCACACAAACGGAAGUGUCCUUUUCAUAGUUGUUUGUUCUGUUUUUUAUUAUGCUCAUAUAUUUUAGCUGAGUUUCACAGAGCUCAUUUUAAGCCAGUAGGUUUUUCUUGGCCUCCUAUCGCAUACGCUCUUAUCUGUGUUGGUGCUCUUUGGUGCAAUGAAUCAAAUUACGUGGAGGAUGUUACCAUUACGUCACCUUUUCUUUUACACAAUAAAGUUCCUUUACACCUUUCCGA